AAAACAAACGAGGAAAUGGAGGGGAGGAUUUCUAGCUUGGCUCUGCUGUUUCUGGUUUUGUCUGGUGUUGGUGCCCUCCAGGUGAACAUCCCACAAGAGACCUAUAAGCAUGCCAGGGGUGACAACAUCACAUUACCCUGCAACUUCACUACUUCGGCCGAUAUAAAAAGAUUGGUCAUCAUCUCAUGGUCUGUGAAGGAAGAUCAAGCUGGUGCUAAACAGACCCCGAUUCUCACACACUUCUACCCACUGAAGAUAACUGACAUCAAACAAAAAUAUGAAGGUCGAGUGUCUGUUGACGUGGAUGUUGCAAAGGGAAAAGCUGACCUGAAACUGAACAGGAUCACACUGGAGGACAACAAGAUGUUUGAGUGCCGUGUCCUGAUCCCAGGGGAUGAUAAGGGCGUGUCGGCCGACACAGCUUGUCUGAUUGUUCUGGAUAACACUGACUCUCUGUUAAAGGAAAAUUCUGAAAUGUUCAUGUGUGGACAAAAAUGA